AUGAAGUCGUAUUUACAUCUUCAUGGCAGAUAUUCUUCUAGCAAAUUCCGAGGAGCUUUGCUGCUGUCUACGAUGUUGAUAUUAACUACAGUCAUCGUGUGCCUGUGGGUACUCAACCAACAUCAACAACACCAAGAUCAUCAACCACCUGCUCCGCAUCAACCAAAUCUGUACCAUCAACAACCACAAGAUCAUCAACCACCUGCUCCGCAUCAACCAAAUCUGUACCAUCAACAACCUCAAGAUCAUCAACCACCUGCUCCACAUCAACCAAAUCUGUACCAUCAACAAAAUCCACUAACCCAAAACUAUAAACAUCUCGACUCGCUUGAGGCGGCACGUUUGCUUGCCAAGUACGGAUACCUUCACUGCCCAAAAAUUACAACCAAGAAAAGGAAAUGCGGCAACGGAGACGACAAGGAAAUUGAGAGGUCUCGUCGGCGCUGGCUCGUGGCCGCGGCUCAGGCCCUGAGAAGACAACAGCCGCAGGAGGACGUUCUGCUGAGCGCCGCGCUGCGCCACCGCCGGCGUCUGCCGCACUGUCUGCGCCGCGGCGGCGGAGAACAGACGCUAAAUUUUAUAAACGAUCAUAACCUGAGCUCAGACUUCCACAAUUUUAAUUUUUACCAUAAAAAUUACGUAUCAGCGAAGGGGCGCGUUCCCUUUGAAGGCAAAGUUGCUCCACAUCGCCGCACACGGCGCUCGGUUUUCACAUUGCCGGGACACCCUCUUAGGAAUAGGGUGAUCACGUGGAGGGUGGGCAGAGGGCAUCACUCGUCCCGCCUGGGUAUGACCCUCAGCAGAGCCGUCUUCAGCCUCGCCUUCAGGAUCUGGUCAGAGGUCAUCCCCAGCGUCUUUGUUGAGGACCUCUUCUCUCCCGCGGGAGAUGUUGACGUCCUGGUCGGCUUUGCUGCCAGACAGCACCUGGGUUGCAGCCGCGCAUUCGACGGUGUAGGAGGGGAGCUGGGCCACGCCCUGAGCAGCAGCCUGCAGGCGCAGAUCCAUCUCGACGACGACGACCUCUUCAGCAUCGACCCAGACGGAGGAACGCAACUCCUACAGGUCGCGGUUCAUGAGAUUGGACAUGUGCUUGGCCUCACUCAUGUACUGCGUAGAGCCUCGGUCAUGUUCGCAAUGUACAGCCAGGAUGAGGUGUUGGAGCUGGACGACGAGGAUCGUCGUCUCGUGCAAGCCAUCCACGGCCACUGCGCCGGCAGGUUCGUAACCGUAUUCGACCUCGUCACGACGAAAAGCGAUGGAAGCCUGACGUACACAACCUUCUUCUUCCGCCGUCAUCGAUACUGGAUGUACGACAACAGACGCAGGCGGGCGCGUCCAGGUGACCCACUUCUGGUGAGCGUUGGGUGGCCGGGGCUGCCCGACGCCCCCGACGCCUUCGUCCACAUCUGGACCCCUGGCGCCGACCGCAGCAUCUUCUUCAAAGGUACGCAUUACUACGCCUACGACGCGGCAGAGGAGCGGAUUCUGCCAGGCUAUCCACGGAAAAUAUCCAGGGACUUUAGGUCCUCACGAGCCCCAAAAGCCCCCCACGUCCCCCGACGGCCCCCCAAAAUCCCCAAUGAAAGGGACACCACUAAGCUAGAGCCCCUUGAGGAGAGGGGGACGGUAAAGCGUCUCCCCAGCAACAUGGACGCUGCGUUCUUCGACAAGAGAGACGGCAACCUCUACGUCAUCAAGGAUAAUCUGGUUUACGGUUACAACGUCAGUGAGGAACGGCACGGCUGCUGCCUGCCAGGCUACCCUCGCCCUCUACAGGAAGAGUUCCUGCCUGCAGAUGCGAACACCGAGCCCAUUUCCGGCAAACUGGACGCCGUCUACUACUCCUACCACUUCAAGUCGCUCUUUCUGUUUAAAGGCCGUGAGUACUGGCAAGUGGUUUCAUAUCAUCCGCUGGAUCCUCAUCGUACGAACCUGAUCAGCGGACCACACCAGGUACACUUGCGGUGGCCUGAUGUCUGCGACACCGACCCCGUACACGUCCGUCCUUAGCCAAGCACACUGGCGGAA